ACAGGAAGUGUAGAAUCAAUUGACGUAUAUAUACCCGUACACAUGGACAACUCUGAUGGGACCCCAAGCCUCAGGAUAAAAAGGGUCCACCUCACAGCACACCCACUUGGAAAAUCACCAAUUAUAGCUCUGGGAGAAUGAGCGGAGGACGUGGACAAGGACGAGGGGGGCAUGGCAGGUAUGCCAACACAUGGGGUGCGUCCAGUAUCUCCACAAAGAAGUUGCUAGAAUAUGCUGAAUCAGAUGUGUCUGAUCUCUCCGAUAUCUCAUCAGCAACACUUGCAAGAGUCGAUCUCACCAAAGAAUCUAGCCUAACAAAGCGUCUGUUCAAAGAGUACCUUCAAAUCAAAGACAUCUCCCUGCCCCAUGUGUGUGUGUCCCCACUCCAACACAACUUUGCUGAGUGGCAUGGCAACAUAAAAGGACCUGAGGGUACACCAUAUGAGGGAGGAAUUUUUCACUUUUCAAUUUCUUUUGUAAACAAUUAUCCAAGGGACCCACCAGAAGUGACAAUGCUCAGCAGAAUUGGACAUCCAUGUGUGAGCUCAAAUAACAGGGUUAAUCUGGAUAUCUUAAACCAUGAGGAUGGAAUUGCACAAAAUACCUCACAAAGAUACCAAAUGUGGUCUCCAGCGUACACUGUAUCUAGUGUUUUGAUACAACUUCAAGCUCUCUUGUUUGAGGGAACUGCUGAAAUUGCUCUGCAAAAUCUCGAGGAUCUUACAGACUACGCCCAAGAGAAGAACAAAUGGGAGGGUGGAGUGCGUUUCUCUGUGGAACAGAGUCUCAGGUAUAGCUGCACUGGAUGCAAGCAUCGACCAAGAAACUACUGGCCCACAUUUUCUGAGGUCAACCCUAAUGGGCCACCUCCCCCCUCCCUGGACUCCCUCUAUCUGGAGGAGGCAGUGUGCUUCUUCACACAGAGGCCGCACUCUGAGGUACCACUGGGCAUUGGCAUAACCUGCUCCAAGGACCUCAGGACUGGGAGAGUACACAAUGUGAACUGUGUGCCAGACAUCAUCUCUCUCAAUGCUUUCCGAGGGUCAAAGGUCAAAGAAGCGUGGGGUGUCUCUUUCUCGAACUGGUUUCCAAUUUACAUUCAGAGCUCUCAUCCCGAGCGCUCCCUUCACCUCGCUCAACGAUCUCUAAGCACGAUCUAUGCCGGUAGCCCCAACGAUUUUGAACCUUCGAUGGCUUUGGAUUUUUUCCCACGGAUUCUCUGUCAUCUGACAGUCAGUUUUGCCAAUAGUGAUGGUGGAGGUGAUGCCCUGAGGUACCUGCACAGCUACUGUUACAUGCACAGACUGUUCCUGGAGCUCAUCUCACAACACCAGUCACUAGUCUCCAGUGCUAAGGAGAGCUUGAAGAAUUUCCUCAGUGACCCAGCUAAGAGGCAUGUGGAUUUCACCCCUGCUUUGGGCCACCUAGUGGUGCUACUAGGGGUGACUGGGGGAACGUGGGAGGAGCUAGCCUCCACCUAUCUAUCGGAGUCACAGGAUCGAAACGCAAGGAGAAUCAUUAAGAAGUACCCUGAGCUGAACAUAUCUCAACCUGACCAGAAAAUUGAUACACAGAGAAUUUCCAAGAGCUUCUCUGCAUACAAUUUAUCUGGACUACGCUUUUUGAUGAUGCAACUGGUGUUUAAUAGGGUGUUUGUGUAUCCAGUGCAUCAGUAUGACAAGCAUCACUCCCUCCUACCCAAGAGUGAUGAAGACCAGCUGCUCAGUGAGAGGAAAAGCAUUCGAGCUGUCAACAACUUCACGUUGUUUUAUGAACGGAUUGGUCAGAAACCACUGUCCGAUGAGGAGAUGGUCACUCAGUUGAGACAGGCCAUCAUCAACUCACAAGAGAAGCGCUACCAUGGAGACAAAGGCAUCGAAGUUCUCUCUCCAGAAGAGUUUGAGAAGCAGAGAUUGGGAGCAAUCCGACCCCUUCAGGAAAUGGUGACCUCUGAUAGCCAUCUCCAUGACGACGAGGACCAGUGGAGGACUCUCUGUGAAACCCGUUUCUGUCUCACGGAGCUCCCCCAGUCCUAUAGUGCCAGCAUCAAGUCUCCCUGGAAACACUUGUACCUCCAGCACAACCUGCAAGAGUUGGUCAGCAAACUCAAUGACAACCCUGACUUUAAGCUGCUCUACCAGACAUUGGAGCUCUCUAAAGACUGUCUCUCUCGGUUUGACCUGGUCACGUUCUCACCUGACAAUAUUCGCUCCAACUAUUACUUUCUCUCUCAGAUCAUCCAACAGCUGCCACAACUCACACACCUCACCAUGUCCAAGGGGGAGGUGGGCCUUGGAGAGAAAGGGUUCAGAGAGCUGGUAAAGGGGAUGGCCAGAAGUGCUGGAGCUCUCAAGGUGUUGGAUAUGCCUUAUCUGGACAUCACUGAUCGCCAUGUCUCCAAACUGGCAGAGACUCAGCUAACCAGCGACUGUCUUACCUGUCUAAACCUGGAGGGCAACAACCUGGGUACCAAGGGAAGCGAGAUGUUAGCACAGCUCAUGCUCAAACACCACUCUCUGCCCAAUCUAGAGCAGCUCAACCUCAAGGCAUGUCGCAUCACGCACGAGGGAAUGACGGCUCUGGCUGAGGGGCUACUCGUCAAGAGGAAGAUCAAGAAACUGGACCUCAGUAAGAACCAGUGUGGGAUAGGCCUGUCUUCUGUCAUCACUAACCUGGCGUAUAGUCCGUCCAUUGAAGAGCUCUCUCUAACAGCCAUCACUCUUAAAUCGGGCGGGUCCACCACUGAACUAUCAAAUGCUCUAGAAAAGCUCUUCUCUCUCACAGUCUCGCUCAAAAAGGUCAGUUUUUGGAAUGUGACAGGCUUUUCCCGGUCCUUUAAUCAAAGCAACAUGAAAGCACUGGCCUCCAAUGGCACCAUUGAGAGUCUAGACUUGUCUCAAACAGCCUUGAUGGUGACUGACUCUGCACCGUUUGGUAGUGUCAUUGUCUCAAAGAACUGUGUCUUGAGGGAAGUUGACUUGAGCAACAACAACCUCUCUGUCUCCUGUGUCAAGUACAUGGUGGAACAAGCUAAGGGCCGUAUUUCACCAGUUACUGUGCUAAAUCUGAGCUCAAAUAAACGACUCUUUGCCGUUUUGGAUGACAAGAUGUCUAAACAGCUGGUGACAUUCUUCUCUCACACGUUCUCCAAGGUGACGCACCUUGACCUGUCUCGCUGCGGUCUCAGCUCUCAGUCGGUGGAGGUGAUAGGGCAGGUCCUGUCCAAGGAGACAGCGCUGACGAGUCUCGACCUCUCCUUUAACAGCAUUGGCAAGCACGGGGCAAGGAUUCUAGCAACUGGACUCUCCAACAACACCACUCUGGAGGUGCUCAAGUUGGAUGACAAUUCACUUGGAGCAGCUGGCGCACACUACCUUGCUGGUUUGCUGGAGAAACCUUCUUGUCUCCUCAGAGAACUGCACCUCUUCUGCAACUAUGUUGAUGUGCCUGGAGCAGUUGCCAUUUGCAAAGCACUCCACACAAACAAGCAUUUGCAGUAUCUGGACCUCGGUCUCAACAAAGUCAGAAAGCGUGGUGCUGCGGCCUUGGUGGAGAUGCUAGGGGUCAACCAAACACUCAAGACUAUCUGUCUCAAGUUUAACUACAUUCCUGACCCGUGGGCCAUCAAGAUAGCCAAGCAGCUGGUGGAGUCAGUCCAUUGCAAAGUGUCCACCCUCAAACUGGCUGGAAACUCACUCCUGUAUGAAACCCUUGUCACCAUCAUGACUCAACUCAAUGAAUGCCCACGGGAGAUAACCUUUGACCUUGCUGGACGGGCGGAGUACCGAGACCCGGAGAGGAUGGAGAGGACUGUAUUUGUAUCACCCCUCUCCACCAACAUCACUCCAGACAUGAUCAAGAAAAUGUUCUACUCCAAGAAAUGCGGUGCCAUUAAGAGUGUGAAGAUUGAGAAGCAUCGAAAAAGGAAGACAACUUUUGAUAAAGCCAAAUAUGCUCUGGUAGAGUUUGCACACAAGGACAGUGUAGAGCUGGCUAUAGACCUUGUGCGGAAGGGUGAAGCCAGGAUUGGGUCCAAAGGUCAACCCAUCAUCUCUCGGGCUGGUCUUAAUAGCAACGCGGCUGCUACAGCUGCUGCCAAGUCAGUCGUACGAGAGCCCACUAAUUAUGGAUGGCAAUGAGAACUGACUAUACAUGUAUAACGUUUUAGACACAGUUUAAAUCAAUCUAUUUUUGUUGAAAUUUGACAUACAUGAAAUGUUUUACAUACGUA